ACGUCGUUAAUGAUGGCAAAGCAUUAUGGUAUCUACGAGAGAGUUCGAGUCUUAUGUGCACAGUGGAUAUCUUCAACUCCAUCUGCAACAAUGGAACUCGGGACAACAGGAGGAGUAUGGAGGAACCUUGCUCAACCACUCCUAGCUACGAACUACUCUGCUGAUUGGAAUCAACUGAUUGCACUGCUCACAAGUCCGGCUCUUCCGCACUUCCAUCUCUUCAUGUUUCGCUACCUGUUCCAAUCCACCCUGUACCAUCUCUGGCGAGAACGGAAUGCUCGUCGGCAUGGUGAACCCUCCAAUCCGCAAGCUCUUCUCAUCAAGCACAUUGACAAGAAUAUCAGAAAUCGUCUCAGUUCGAUAGCAUCAAUGGGAUACCAACGCUAUGCUGAUGGCCUUCAGCUAUGGUUUUCCACUCAUCCACCUCCUUGACGAUAAAUUCUACUAGCUUUCUAUUUAUUCUGUGAUUUUGAUUCUAAUCUCAAACCACACUCAAACAUACUGAAGCAUUCAUUGUA